AUGGAACUGUCUGAAGAGUCGUUUGACAAUCUCUUGGUUGAAAGUGAUGAUGAUGUAUGCACGGUGUUAGCAAGCUUUGUAGAAGAAGAUGAAAUUGACGCUGCAGUUGAAAGGGAGAAGGAAGAGGAGAUCUCUGAUGAAGAAGAAGAAGAGGCGGGCGACUGUAGUGACUGGAAAGAAGCUGUUCAAAAAUUUGAAAGAUGGAAAUUUAACGAUAGUUCAGGGCUGAACUAUGCAGCAGUAAAAGGUUGCAGAGAGCCGAUUGAUUUUUAUGACCUAUUUGUGAACGAAGACUUAUUGGGACUGAUUGUUAAAGAGACAAAUCGUUAUGCUUUUUCGAAAGACUCGCAAUGGGAGGAGACAAGUGCCUACGAAAUGAGGAAGUUUCUUGCACUAACAAUGCAAAUGGGAGUAGUCAAACUACCGGCUAUCAGCAACUAUUGGUCAACUGAUAUCGUUUUUGGUGGUAAGCCAGUAGGUGCCUCUGUAAUGACGAGAAAAAGGUUUGAGAGGUUAUUAGCAAACUUGCAUCUGGCAGAUAAUGAAACGGCCGAUAAGACUAACUGUUUGUACAAGAUUUCUGGUUUCUUAGAUUUGUUUGUGCGGCAGUGCCAAUUGCUCUACCGCCCAGCACAAAAUGUGUUCAUCGAUGAAAAUCUUAUUCCAUUCGGUAGAAGAACAAGGUUCCAGCAAAACAACUUAAGUAAUCAGAACUGUCAUAGCAUAAAAAUUCUCAAACUGUACUCUUCUAGCGGUUACACUUUCAACAUCAUGGUUUAUGCGGGAAAUUUAAAUAAAGGAGGUGAUAACGAGGCUGGAGCGGUUGUAGUUAACUUAAUGGAGGGACUUCUUGACAGCGGACGCCGACUGUUUGCAGACAGUUGGUGUGCUACUGUACCCUUAGCAAAAAAAUUAUUAACUCGAAAAACGGACUUGGUUGGUAUUGUAAGGAAGGAUCGAAAGGGUUUACCGAAAAAAGUAAGUAAGAAGCCAAUGAGACGAGGGUGUUUUUUGGCUCGGCAAGAUCCAAACGGAAUCAUGGUUUUAAAAUGGAAAGACGAUCAAGAGGUACUGGUACUGUCUACUGUACAUGAUGAUUCAGUAGGUGAUGCGCAUAAGCCACAGGUAAUAAUUGAUUAUAAUGACAAUAAGUCAUCAGUUACGGAUUUUUCUGAUGAAACAGCUCCUUAUCUACCAUUCAUAAGAAAAACAACCAAAUGGUAUAUUCGGGUACUCUUCCAUGUUUUGUGCCAAAUUGCUGUAAUGAACGCGUGGCACAUUUAUAACAGCUUCUUUGAGCGUAAGAUGAAAUUGAUUGAGUUCAAAAUUUCCGUUAUUCGCUCCUUAUUGGAACUGCAGUGUCCAUCUGAAAUUCCACCGCGCCACACACUGGAAGAGGUCCCAGGUCCUAAACGCCACACGAAUCGUCGUUGUGUUAAUUGCUACAGAGAAUUAUCACGAAAGCUUGGAGCGUAUGCGGGUAGAACCCGGGCAAAACAAGAAAACUUGGGUUGA